AUGAAAAUUUUGGUAUUUUCUAUCGUUUUCUUGGCCGUUUUGGCCAUUGCCGAUGAUUCUUCGGAAGAAAGAGACCGCUCAAUCAGCUCACGGACUGGAUCGGUCGCCUCCCGAAAGAAUAGUGCGGAUUUUGAUCGGAAAAGUGUCAGCUCGGAUUCCAGCUUCUUUUCGAGGAAGUCCAGCAAAAGCUCGGUGGAUUCGGACGCUACGGUGACUGGUGGGUUGAGUUUUUAGACUUUAUCGACCGGAUUACAAUAUGCCUACGUUACAGUAGUCUGAGAGACUUAAUUUUCACAAAAAUGAAUUCCCAAUGGUCGAAAACGUAUACAAGCAAAACUUUGGGUGAUUUGCUCUUUCUAUGACGUCACCAGGUCGAAAAUUCCAAAAAAGACAAAUUUAAGCAAAUUUAUGCCUUCCGGGCAGAAUUGAGAAAAACUGUUGUUCGCUUUUCCUUUGCGCAUGUCGACGGUCAUUUUUAUGGAAAAAACUCAAAAUCCAUUUUUUCCUAUGUCCCGGGUCCAUUACGGGCUGAUGCAGCGAGCCAAAAAUCGUCUUUUAAAGUGCUAAACUGACCCUUAUAAUCGAAAUAUUUAGUUGGUAAAAUACGCGAGUUGAAGUGCAUUGCGGAGAAUUUUAGCUAGCGAUUUUUAGCAAUAUACGGUUGAAAUAUCAAAAAAAUUUUUGAAAUAGAGAAAAAUCGAUUAAUUAAUUGGAGUUUCUACAUAAAAUUUUCAUAGUAAUUCGGAACGUAUUUUACAAAAAUAUAAUAUAUUACUUACAGGGGAAGUACUCCAAGUGCGACGUUCAGAUUUUGAUGAAACUUGGCACAAAUUUUGAAUAUUUUUUUCUAAAAUAUAUGCGAAAAUCCUAGCUCGCGCUUUGCAGAAACAACCGAGAUUUUUAGCUCAAAAGUCGGCGAAAAUUUAGGACUUUUUGCCGAAUUUCGGCACGAAAAGAUUCAUGCCUAUUUCUACCGUAAAGGAUAGUGUUUCUACAAAAAAUCAAAUUUUUCCGCACAAAACUGCCAAAGUUAUGGCCAAAAAGCGUUUUUCUCUCCGACCGCUCUCCACGUUUACCUUGGCGGCAAAAAUCGUUCGAUAUCUCGGCGGCGCCCGCAAAGCGCGAGCUAAAACUUUCAGGAAUUGAUAUUUAGUCUAUAUCCGACGUGUGUGCAAAAUUUUAAGAAAAUCUGAGCGUCGCACUUGGAGUACUUUCCCCUGUAAAAAAUUGUUUCAGACGCCUCCCCAACCCGCCCAUCGUUCGGCGACUUUGUCCCCACCUGUCGCCAGCUGACCGACUGUUUCGCGGACUCGGAAUGCGGCCGCAACGGACGUUGCGUGGGGAUUUAUGUCGGGACAUGUGAUUGCGACGCCUGCGCGAACAACCAGAAAUGCCAAUUCGACCAUCAAUGCGGCGGACUGAAGGGCGCUUGCGAUUGGGAAAAGGGGAAAUGCAACUGCUCGAAUGGCUUCAAGAAGAGCGGCUUUGAGAACUUUAACAGGGCCAGAGAGGAGUUCUGCAAUAUCAAGAAGUGUGUCAGAGAUGGCGAGGAGUGUCAUGGACUGCCUUGUCGCAAAGGCAAAUGCAUGUGCAACUGA